AUGUCGACAUCCAAAGCAUGGGCAGAAUAUCUGGCCCGUGGCGUUCCCCCGCAAAAGCGCUAUUUGAUCGGUGGGAACUGGAAAGCCAACGGGACCUUGGCACAGACGGCCGGAAUUGUCAAGAUUCUCAACCAGGGCGGAGCUAUCCCCCUGGAGGCUGAGGUGGUGAUUGCCCCCCCGGCGCACCUUUUGGGCUACGUGAAGGACAAUCUCCGUCCAGAUGUGGCUGUUUCCGCACAAAACUCGGCCCUGACGACCAAGCCGGGCGCCUUCACGGGGGAAUUACCCGCUGUGCUGCUUAAGGACUUCGGCCUGAACUGGGUAAUCAUCGGCCACUCCGAACGACGCGAGGGCUUUGGGGGCCCGGGGGAGUCGGACGAGGUCGUGGCAACCAAGACGAAGGUAGCCGUGGAUGCCGGCCUCCAUGUCAUGGCUUGCGUGGGCGAGAAGCUCGAACAACGCGAGGCGGGGAAGACGACUGAGGUGGUUUUGUCGCAGUUGAAUGCUAUUGCAUCCAAGCUCGCGCGUGAGGAUUGGUCCAAGGUGGUAAUAGCCUAUGAGCCUGUGUGGGCCAUCGGCACGGGAAAGGUGGCCACGCCCGAGCAGGCGCAGGAAGUGCAUGAGUCCAUUCGUGCCUUUGUGAAGGAGAAGGUUGGGGCGCAGCAGGCAGCCCUCUUGCGGAUCAUCUAUGGAGGCUCCGUCAAGGGUUCCUCCGCCCCAGGGCUUAUUCUGAAGCCGGACAUUGACGGCUUCUUGGUGGGCGGCGCGUCGUUGACGAGUGACUUUGUCACCAUUAUUCGGGCGGUCAAGAGUCCCUAG